AAAUUAGGACUGUCUUAAUCCCGGCCUGUUACAUGUAUUUCUAUAAUAUGUUAUCUUAAACAUUAAGACUUUUAAAAUAUAUAAAUUUUUACCAAAGUUAGAAAUAUCGGACAAGCUAGAAAUAUCGUCUACAUCUAGCAGCACGCAGAAAAGGGAAAUGCUAAGGAACGUCUCUUUCCGCGCGGCGACAGAUCGGAGAGUCCAUUUCUAAGCUUAUCUGCAAUCGCACAGCCAUCCGCUUCUGUCGUCCAAGCAGACCACUCAUCCCGUCAUCCGUCAUGGCGGCAUCCUUCCUCAGGCCCUUCCUCCCUGCCCAACCCCUCCUCUCCGCCCGCAGACCCCACCUCCCCGCCGCUCCCACCACGAGCACCACCACCGUGCGCUGCACCGCCACGCCCAAACCGGCAACCUCGACGCCGAAACCCAUCAGCCAGGAAGAGGCCAAUAGCCGAGAGCAGCAACGCCCGCAAGAACCCAACGCCGCCGCCGCUCCGGACGAGGCGAACGGCAACCCCAACAGCAUCCCAGACGAGGAGACCCCGGCCUCCGCGGCGGUAACCACGUCGUUCGCGGUGGCCCGGCGGCUGCCGUCCGCCAUCUCGCCGGACCGGCGGCCGCGGACGGCGCUGACGCAGGAGGAGCCGCCCAACUACGAGAUCGGGUGGAAGCGCAGCAAGAAGCUGCCGCUGGAGAAGCCGCGGGGCUGGGCCAUCGCCGACUUCCUGGAGAAGCUGGAGGGCCUGCUGGCGCGCGGGCGGUACGGGUCCGCGCAGCUGCUGGGCACCGUGGCCGGCGUGGUGACGGAGCGCGCCCGCGAGGAGGCGGAGGUCCUGGCGGCCGAGGGCGGCGUGGAGGAGCGCGUCGUCACGGAGCUCUUCCGCGUGCUGCGACUGGUGGAGAUGGACGUGGAGAUGGUGAAGGCCGCCGUGAAGGAGGAGACCGUCAGGGAGCGCGUGGAGACGGCGCGCGCCCGCUGCCGGCAGGCCAUCCUCGUCGCCCUCUCGCUCUGAAGCUGAUGGCAGUUAUACUAUACACGCCUUCUUUUUAAUAACAAAAUAAUCAGCCGAGGUUAGCGUGAUGGUAUUGGUUUAUUCGGUUACUGGAAAUCAAUCUUGCCCUUGGUUCAGUUUCUGCA